CUCCAACGAUACUGAACAAGUAAAACAAAAAUUUUGGUUUAUAAUACAAAUUCUCAAUUCAAUUUAAUUCAAGUCAUGCCGCCCAAGCGAAAGCUUGCUGAGCUGCAGCGUUUGUAUGAAGAGCGCUGGAGCUAUCCACCGAAGCUAAAGCCAACCAGGACCAAGAUUAUAGCCUGCGGCGAGGUUGCUUCGUAUGGCGGCUAUAAGGCGCCAGUGUACAAGGCCUGCUGGGAAAAUCCGAUCUCAGUUACCACUGAUGCUCGCUUCGGACCGUGUUGGGAGUAUCCGCCGGAGCGAUACAAGCGUCGUCCUUUGCCGCCGCCUUGCCGCGGGGCUACUAUACCCCUCGAUCAAUUGGAGCCCACAUUCGAAAACUACGAGACACUUUACACCAGCUUUGAUUUCCGACUGGAGCAGUGCGUCCAUGAACAGAUUCUUGUGCUAGAGACGCAGUUCAGGAAGCUGGAGGAACAGCUGACGGAAGCCAAAGUCUUGCAGAUUGAAAUGGCCGAGCAAAUGCGCUAUCACGCCAUGCGCUACCGACUGCUGGUCGGCGAAAGUUGCUGCACCAAUAUCUAUCCAGAGUACUUGAGUCGAAUGACGGCCGAGCGAGCGCUGUGCGAAUUCCAAAAGGCCUACAAUGUGAUUAGCCAAUCUAAUGACGAACUAUCGAAAUCUAUUUUGAGCAUGCGCAACUCCAAGAAGGAGUUGACGGUGCGUGUGAGCAAGCUGGAUCGCACUUUGAAGAGCCCGUUCAUGCUGGAGCUAGACCACGUGCUGCAGACCAUCGAUGAUCUGGACCAGUACUUCUUUGGUGUCGCCGUCAAGCUUAGGACCUGGGCGGAGCUACUGGACCCCAACAAGGAGUACUCCAUUGAGGAUUAUCUUGCAUUGCUAUCGAAGAAGCGAGAUUUCAAGAGCUUUCUACGUGCCGGUACCGAGAACUGCACCUGCAAGCGCUGCAACAACAAGGACCCACUGAGCCCGUAUUUGCCUUCAUGGUGCCGAAAAAGUGACUCCAGUGAGGAGCGUGACAAACGGCGCACGAACAACUAUCUCUGCAAUAUGUGUAUCGCGGCGAAGCUAACUCGCAGUGACAGCAAAUUUACCACAGAGUCCAGUGACACCUCCAGACUGGUGAAAAUGUCACAGAAAGUUGAAUAAAUGUUGAUUGAAUUGCA